CCAGCUUCCGUGCUGGCUCCGCCUCCCUCUAUUUAACUCUAUCCAAAAUCUCGCAUUGCUUUACGGCAUUUGCCUUCCCGACGACUCACCGGAGCUUGCUACGACGCCGUAUCAUGGGACUGAAAUCAUUCCUCGAAGUCAAGUCCGACUCCCACUUCCCGCUCGAGAACCUCCCCUUCGGCGUUUUCAAGCCCGAAUCCGGUUCCGAUGCUCGGCCGGGCGUCGCUAUCGGCGGCUACGUUGCCGACCUCUCUGUGAUCGCCGCUGCCGGUCUCUUUGACGGUCCGUGUUUGCGGAACUCGGAUUGCUUCACACAGCCUAAUCUUAACAAAUUUUUGCAUUUGGGACGGCCUGCAUGGAAGGAAGCUCGUGAAACACUACAAAAGCUACUAUCAGCUACUGAACCAAAAUUGCGUGACAAUGCAAGUUUACGGCAGAAAGCUCUUAUCCCCAUGGACAAGGUGGAAAUGGUUCUCCCUAUUGCAAUUGGUGAUUACACAGACUUCUUUUCAUCCAUGCAUCAUGCAAAGAAUUGUGGAACCAUAUUUCGAGGCCCAGAGAACCCAAUAAACCGUAAUUGGUUCCAUCUUCCUAUUGCGUAUCAUGGACGAGCAUCAUCAAUUGUAGUAUCUGGCACUGAUAUUAUUAGACCAAGGGGUCAAGCUUCUCCAACAGGUGACUCUGCAGCAUAUUUUGGACCUUCUCGGAAGCUGGACUUUGAGCUAGAAAUGGCUGCUGUAGUUGGCCCUGGAAAUGAACUAGGGAAGUCUGUGAGUAUUGAUGAGGCCAGGGACCAUAUCUUUGGGCUUGUCUUAAUGAAUGAUUGGAGUGCAAGAGAUAUCCAAGCUUGGGAAUAUGUGCCUCUUGGUCCUUUCCUAGGGAAAAGUUUUGGAACUACGGUUUCACCUUGGAUUGUGACCUUAGAUGCUCUAGAGCCCUUUUCCUGUGAUGCUCCUAAGCAGGACCCUCCUCCCUUGCCAUAUCUUGCAGAGAAGAUAUCCAAAAACUAUGACAUUUCGUUGGAGGUUCUCAUUAAACCUGCUGGGCAAGAAGAUUCAUGUACUGUCACAAGAAGCAACUUCAAGCACUUAUAUUGGACAGUAACCCAACAACUUGCACACCAUACUGUCAAUGGUUGCAACCUAAGGCCUGGCGAUCUUCUAGGAACUGGGACUAUUAGUGGACCUGAACCAGAAUCCUACGGUUGCUUGCUAGAAUUAACUUGGAAUGGACAAAAACCUCUAUCUUUGGGUGGAGUAACUCGUACGUUCUUAGAAGACGGGGAUGAAGUCACUUUUACUGGUUACUGCAAGGGAGAUGGCUACAACAUAGGCUUUGGAACGUGCUCAGGAAAGAUACUCCCAUCACCAUAAUGAGACACUAAUUCAUGCUGGCUUGAAAACUUCUAUUCGUGUAUCGGCCAUGCAGUGAUUAGGUCCAAAUUUAUGUAAAAUUUUCAUGGAUUAUGUAUUAUGUUCAUUCACCCGUGAUUCUGAUUAGAAACAUUAAAUGAUCAAUACUUCUCAGUUUCUUUUGAUACAUCUUAUAAGGGGCGGGAAUGAUAAGGUUUGGAUUUAGAUCUA